CUGCUCAUAUAUAUAUUGGGAAUGGCCAGAGCAUCUCUCAUAGUUCACUCCCUUUCAAAGCCAGCUAAAGGCUAGAGCCAGCACCGGGAAGCACCCUCAGUGUCUUCCUGGCUGUGUGGACCUGCUAUCGGAAGCUGAGAGAUGAUCAUAGGGAUGAACCUCCAGCUGGUGUGCCUGACACUUCUGGCUUUUAGCUCCUGGAGUCUGUGCUCAGACUCAGAAGAGGAUGUGAGAGCAUUGGAGGCAGGUUUAUUGACAAAUAUGCAUGCAUCAAAGAUCAGUAAAGCAAGUGUGCCCUCUUGGAAAAUGACCUUACUAAAUGUUUGCAGCCUUAUAAAUAACCUGAACAGCCCAGCCGAGGAAGCAGGAGAUAUGCGUGAUGAAGAUCUUGUUGGAAAAAGGAAACUUCCCCUUGUUCUAGAUGGUUUUAGCCUGGAAGCAAUGCUGACCAUAUUCCAGCUCCAGAAAAUCUGCCACAGCCGGGCCUUUCAACACUGGGAGAUAAUUCAGGAAGAUAUUCUUGAUAAUGGCAAUGACAAAAACGAGAAGGAAGACGUGAUAAAGAGAAAAAUCCCUUAUAUUCUGAAAAGGCAGCUGUACGAGAGCAAACCUAGAAGGCCCUACAUACUCAAGAGGGGCUCCUACUAUUACUGAAAAACUACUUCUUAACAUGUGAUUGUGACCGAUCACCCUUUAUCUAGACAUAUAAUCAUAUCUUUACCUAGAUAUAUAAUCAUAUAUGUAUAAAUGUGUGAGAACUUAAUUAUUUCAUCUAUUCCACAAUUGUGGCUUAUUGGAUGUGAUUCUUCUGCAUUCAUGUAAA